AUGGUCAAUUCCCCUUUACCGACAGAUCUUGCAGGUGAAUGCAAAAAAGCUUCUAAAAUCUUGAAUAGCUUUAUUGAUCCAGUUGCAGCAAAAGGACCAGACAAAGUUAUACCACCAAAUAUUUUACAAAGAGCAAAAGGGUUUGCAAUAUUUACAGUAAUCAAAGCUGGAUUUUUAUUUUCAGGAAGAUGUGGAUCUGGACUAGUUGUAGCAAGGCUUGAAAAUGGAUCAUGGUCUGCUCCCUCUGCAAUUAAUAUUGGUGGAAUGGGAGUUGGUGGACAAAUUGGUGCUGAACUUACAGAUUUUGUUAUAGUCUUAAAUAGUAAGGACGCAGUUAAAUCUUUUAUGAAUGGUGGAAACGUCACUUUAGGAGGAAAUUUAUCUGGUACGUAUUUUGCUGCCGGACCUGUUGGAAGGACAGCUGAAGGAGCAAGUUCAGUUUCGCUUGGAAAUGUUGCAGCUAUAUUUUCUUAUAGCAAAACAAAAGGAUUAUUUGCUGGUGUAUCAAUUGAAGGUUCAAUAAUUGUGGAACGUAAAGAUACAAAUUCAAAAUUCUAUCAUUCUAAAGUAUCAGCAAAAGAACUUCUAUCAGGAAAAAUCCCGCCGCCACCCCAAGCUGACAUUUUAUAUCGAGCACUUAAUGCAAAAGCUUCACGUAGUAACAGUUAUGGUGAGACACAAUAUAACGAUGAACCAGUUUAUGGAGAAGAAUAUGAGUCUCCAAAAUUAAGUCGAUCAGUUUCUUUAUCAACAUCUGCUUCAAAAAAUAACUCUUAUCAAAAUCGAUACAGCGGUUCGACAUCAUCAACAUACAAAGAUAGACUUGAUAAUAAUAAAGAUGACAGCAACGACGAUGGCGAUGAUAAUAAUAGCAUUUCAUCAUCAUCAAUUAAGAAUAAGUCAAGUUAUUCCGAAUCAAAUGCAAAAGAUGUCCAACGUGCAUUGUCUUUGUCAAAUGAGUUUAAUAAUCGUAUUAGUAGCAAUAGUUUAAAUAGAAAAUCAUCAUCUAAACCGCCACCAAUAGCUCCUAAACCUAAUAUUCCACCGCGUAAAAAACAACCAACAGCUGUUGCCUUAUAUGACUUUGAUGGAGAACAAGAUGGUGAUUUAACCUUCAGCAAAGGUGAUGUUAUUACUAUUACAAAACAAUCAGAAAGUACUAAUGAUUGGUGGACUGGUAAAUGUAAAGGAAAAGAAGGAAUUUUCCCAGCAAACUAUGUUGAAUUAAAUUAA